CUCACAGCAAGAGGCUCCGAGGAGAGUGAUGGAAGCAACGUUUACAGUCAAAACUCCUGCGCAAUCGUUUCAAGGUCAUCGGCAUUGAUCCAAUCCCUUCCGACCUCGAGCAUCGGCUGAUUCACGCGGCUUUUGGCCUACGUUGGCCAUUCUGGCGUGCCCCAAUACCGCGCCUUCAUGCCAAGCUGAUGCGCCUGCUCGAUGGUUGCGCUCAGAUUUUGCCUGACGGCGUCCUGCGCGUCUAUCAGGUCCUUCCACUUCGGACUGAGCAUCUCAAAGUCAACACUGGCGAUCCCACAGCGUGCUAUUGUAAGGAUACGCCGUCUCAUCCUUCAGAUUCACAUAUGCGGUCUGUUUCAAGCCGCUGAGCGGGAAGUCGAGGAAGUAGUCGCGCUCCAGCGGCGCGAGCUGGUCUUCCAGCGUGCCGCCCGUGACUAUGAUUGUGGCGGGGCCCAGGAUUACAUUGCCUUUCACUUAGCGCAUCAGCCAGCCGAGCUCUCGAAUAGGCUCGAGCUGCUUAACGACGAGUGGCCAGGUCUCGCUACCAUCGUUCUUGAUGUCCACAAGCACCUAUAUCAGUGCGGAUGCUCCUACGCCGAGCGAGAAGUGGGCCGUCCUAGGCGUUUACGUGGGGCUGGAGGUCGACUACUGCAGGUCUUUGGCGAAGGGCACCUGAGACGGGUCAGCGUUGCUGUAAUUUGCGUUGAUCAGGUUCGCCUAAUCCAAAGCGGCUAGGGUCGGAGCGACGGCGAUGUUGUGGAAGAUGCACUCCUUCGUCAAGGCAGAUGUGUGGUUCCCACCAUACAGCACACCUUGGUAUCCCCAGACAUCAGGCUCGACGGAGAUACUGCCGAGACUGAGUGCUUUGAACACCGGUGAAUCUUACUACCAUGGAUUCGUAGGCCAAGCAAGUCACCAU